CCUAGCGCGCAGGCAGCCGGAGCUCCGCGCGGGGUGUGCGCUCGGUGCCGCGGCUGGAGAGGCAGCGCUUCGCGCAGCGGCGCCGGGGCAGGGGAGGGAGGGAAGCCCGCGGUGCAGCCUCCAGGCCGGCGAGCGGACGCCCGGGGGAGCCGCUCCCCCCUACCGCCCUUUGCCCCGGGCUGCUCCCCUCCGCCGCCUGGUUGCACGGAGGCGGCCGGGGCGGGGAAGGCGCCCUGCAAAGCCAGGGGCUGCGGCGGAGCUGGAGCUGGCGCUGGCCGGGCUCCCCACCUCCCCCGCUGCAGAUGGUAGGCUCCAUUUAAAGAGUGCUUGCCCUGCUGUCUCCCCGCUAAUGUCCUUUGCCAAGCGGCCCAGCUCGCCCGGGUCUCCUGCUGCCGGAGCCGCGUCUCCGCUCAUCCCUGCGCGGGGGAGAGGGAGGCAGCCGCGAGGGGAUCCAACAGGUAGCGCGGGGAGGAGAGAGAGGCAGCCACCCCCCCACCCGCGGCUGGUGCAUCAUGCGCCUCUCUCUCCCCCCCAGGCCAAAAUCCUGACCAUGAUGGAAGACAAUAAGCAGCUGGCUCUCCGGAUCGAUGGAGCUAUCCAGUCCGCCAGCCAGGAGAUGACUAACCUGCGAGCCGAGCUGACAGCCACCAACCGGAGACUGGCCGAACUGGGCAGCAGCUCCGCGACCCCCUCGAUCAUGGAGAACAACCAGCACAACGCGCAAGUGCUGUUACGAGAAGAAGUGACCCAGCUUCAGGAGGAGGUUCACCUGCUCCGACAAAUGAAGGAAAUGCUAACAAAAGAUCUGGAGGAGACACAUGGCAGCAAGUCGACAGAGGUUCUCUCCGCCACUGAGCUCAAACUCCAGCUGGCACAGAAAGAGCAAGAGCUAGCGCGAGCCAAAGAAGCCCUACAGGCCAUGAAGGCAGAUCGAAAACGUUUGAAAGCAGAGAAGACAGACCUGGUAAGCCAAAUGCAACAGCUCUACGCCACGCUGGAGAGCCGGGAGGAACAGCUACGUGACUUCAUCAGGAACUACGAGCAACACAGAAAAGAGAGCGAGGAUGCGGUGAAAGCACUUGCAAAAGAAAAGGAUCUCCUGGAGCGCGAGAAGUGGGAGCUGCGCCGGCAAGCCAAAGAGGCGACAGACCACGCCAGCGCGCUCCGCUCCCAGCUGGACCUGAAAGACAACAGAAUGAAGGAACUGGAAGCCGAGCUAGCCAUGGCCAAGCAGUCCUUAGCCACGUUAACCAAGGAUGUCCCCAAGCGUCACUCGUUAGCCAUGCCAGGCGAGACCGUGUUGAAUGGGAAUCAGGAAUGGGUGAUGCAGGCGGAUCUCCCGCUCACAGCUGCUAUCCGGCAGAGCCAGCAGACGCUUUAUCAUGCGCACCCCCAGCACUCAGCAGAUCGACAAGCUGUCAGAGUGAGUCCGUGCCAUUCACGGCAGCCUUCCAUCAUCUCCGAUGCGUCAGCAGCAGAAGGCGAUAGGUCAUCGACGCCAAGUGACAUCAACUCGCCCCGGCAUCGGACGCAUUCCCUCUGCAAUGGGGAUAGUCCUGGACCGGUACAGAAGAACUUGCACAACCCAAUUGUACAGUCUCUAGAGGACCUUGAAGACCAAAAACGAAAAAAGAAGAAAGAGAAGAUGGGAUUUGGUUCCAUCUCCAGAGUAUUUGCCAGAGGGAAGCAGCGGAAAUCCCUAGACCCGGGCCUCUUUGAUGAUUCCGACAGCCUUUCCAGCCCAACCCGCCUAAGCCUCAGCCUGUCUGAAGGGGAGGAACAGAUGGACCGGCUGCAGCAGGUGGAGCUGGUCCGCACCACGCCCAUGUCCCACUGGAAGGCAGGCACUGUGCAGGCAUGGCUGGAGGUGGUCAUGGCUAUGCCCAUGUAUGUCAAAGCCUGUGCGGAGAACGUCAAGAGCGGGAAGAUGUUGCUCAGUUUGAGUGAUGAAGAUCUGGCGACAGGGCUGGGCGUCUGUAGCUCCCUUCACCGCCGCAAACUCAGGCUGGCAAUAGAGGACUACAGGGAUGCAGAAACAGGCAAAUGCUUAUCUAAAGCCUCUGAACUGGAUCACCACUGGGUAGCCAAGGCCUGGCUGAACGAUAUUGGGCUGUCUCAGUAUUCCCAGGCUUUCCAAAAUCACCUCGUGGAUGGAAGGAUGCUGAACUCGCUGAUGAAACGGGACUUGGAGAAGUACCUUAAUGUGUCUAAAAAGUUCCACCAGGUCAGCAUAUUGCUGGGAAUAGAACUGCUUUUUCAAGUCAACUUCAGCAAAGAGGUUCUGCAAGAGCGGCGGGCUCGCUGCGAGACCCAGAACGUCGAUCCGCUUGUCUGGACAAAUCAGCGGGUGCUCAAGUGGGUGCGGGACAUCGACCUGAAGGAGUAUGCGGAUAACCUGAUGAACAGUGGCGUGCAUGGGGCCGUGCUAAUGCUGGAGCCCACGUUCAAUGCAGAAGCCAUGGCCACAGCUCUGGGCAUCCCAAGCAGCAAGCACAUCCUGAGGCGGCACCUGGCCGAGGAGAUGAACGCCAUCGUUAAUCCAGACAACCCUACAGGUGUUCUAGAGAGCGACCGAUAUGGAACGUCAACUCUCCUCAAACAGGGUUCGCUCAGGCGCUCCUCCAGCGCUACCAGGCAGAGCAAGGAGGAGGGGAACAGCUUAAAGUGCAAAGCAAGCAGGCUUCCCCUGGGGAAAAUUGGAAGGGGAUUCAGCGGAAAAGACACUGAUUUCCAUGACGACUAUGGAUCUCUCAAAAACGAAGAGUGCUGUGAGGAUAUGAAGCUAAGUAGGCCAGAGCAGUGCCGUCUGGAACGCUUUGGCAGCCUGGAAGUCACCAAUGUGUAAUGAAUUGGAUUGUUCAGGCAAGACAGGACUCACUGAAAUCAAUGGUGACAUUGUGGCCAGCAAAUGGGAAAGAAAUCUGAAGAGAAUGACUGAAACGCAGACUUCUUUGGUUGUACAUAUUGUAGCCAUUGCUAGAGGAAACUCUGUUCAAACCUAACGCAGUGGCGUGUCUUUGUUUAAAGUGUCUGUAUUGUGUUAAUGCUGAGGGACCCAGAUAAAUCCAGUACUGAUUCCCUAUA